GGAAGUAUCGCGGGAAGAGAAAAAUUGCACAUGGAGUAACAGUCAAGUGAGGGAAAAAACUAAGAUAAAUCGCAAAAUAAUUGGUCAAGAUGGAUAUACCGCAACUUGCCACCAUCCUAUCGAGUACGUUUGACCCAAACUUGAGAGAAGAAGCCGAAAAGAAGCUAAACGAGGUGAGUGUUCGAGUUACUUUCGUCCCUUUAAGGGCUUACUCGAUCAUCUCACGCGAUAUUAUUCGCAAGCAAAAAGCCAGAAUUUCACUGAAAAUUUUGUGUUCGGCUUCUCAGGUCUUACGAUUUGAGUCCAAAUUGAUGGAUUUAAAUAUAGCCAUUGUGAAAAGUCUCUUUGAUUGCGCUCUCGAGCAAGAACUGUACACGUGAAGUAAGAAAACUGAUCUUUUGGAAAACGACAUGGGUUUAAUAGGCAUGAAUCCAAAGAUUACCUCAACGAAUAUCCAUGCAAAAUUUUUUAAUUUUUUUUUCUCAUAGAUUCACAAAGUUCCGGGAUUUCUGACGCUUUUGCUACAAGUAGUUAUGUCAAAUGAUGUGCAGAUUCCUGUGAGACAAUCUGGUAGGUAAUAAUUAAGCUUAAUUGCGAAACAGUUAAAAUUUACAUAUAGCAUGAUGUACGUUUUAACUUAGGUAUGUUUACACUUGAAUCAGGAUAGAACAAAGUCUUAGGCUCUAUUCUCGGUUUGCACUGUCACACAAUGAAAAAUAAAAAUGCAAACCAUUCAAUACAGAAGGACUACAAUCUGGGAAAUAAAAAAAGAUAAAUAUACAAAACCCUUGUGAAGAAUCAGGUCUGUGAAAUAUUUCAAAUGCGAGAUAUUGGGAAAAAAGGUUUACCUAAAUUUAUAAAGCUUUUUAUGGAAACGCCAUGUUGGUGUCCCUUUCAGGAACACCAAUAUGGCCGCCGGAUACCAACAGAAACAUCUGUUUUCGAGUUUCCCUACUAAUGCGUGAAUUCUUCGCUUGAGGAAUUCAUAAAGAUUACAGUAAUAUUUAUUCUGAGACAAGGAAUGUUUAGAUUGCAAAAUCUCCCAAAAUUGGUAAUGUUUUUAACUUACAUAAGAGCUUUCCCGGCCGCCAGCUAAAUGCCGCGUCACGCAAAAGUCUGGAAAUUCAAGCGUCCUGUCUCGCAAAACGAUGAACCCUUUCGAACCAAAAAUUUGUUUAUGUAAAGAUGUUUAGGUACUGUAAUACCUCAUGAAAGCAGAAACUCAGAAGAAUCGAUAGUUUCUUAGUUUGAUUUUUGGUGACGUCACGUGCAACUCAAGAAUAUUUUACAGCACUGCCAUUUGGUAUGUCCUAAUUCAGCCAUUUUGGAGACUGUUUCACCACUACUGUUCUGCCUAACUUCCUGCAGAUGUUGAGGCUGACUCAUGUUUUUUUUAUUGACAGGUCGAUCAUUAAAAAAAAAUUAAGUUAAAAUUGUGUCACCAGGGCCCAGUUGCGAGGAAGGUUUUGUAGAUGAUGCUAACCCCUGGAUAAAUCACUACCCACCAGAUAAUUAACAAUCUAUGACACAAUGCAUUAUUGAAUGAGGCUGUGAAAAAUUAUGCAGGUCAAGGAGAAUGUUAUUCAUUGAUAACAGCCCCCGAGAUGUGCCUAACACUCCACAUUAUACGAAAGCCAAAUUCAAUUACAUUGUUCUGUUAUUCAUUUAAAAUAAUCUAAGUAAACAACCAAGUGUUCUCGUAGGCUUUCCUACAACAUUUGCCUGUUUCUUUGCAUGGUUUCAGGAUAUAAACAGAUGUUUUUUCUUACAAAUACUCCUUAACAAGCAGAUAACAUCCACUGUGCAAUAUUUUUUUUGGUUACUAUCCCAUUUCUUUAGCUCAGUUUUAGUCAGAAAUUCAGCUAUUUGAUCUUUGGAAUCUUGAAUGACAUUUUCUUUAGUAUCCCCUGGCAUAAAUAGCUGCAUUGUAAGCUGCCAUGUUCUAAAGCUCUGCUCAGCUGAAGUGGUUAUUGCCUGGAAAUGAGCUGCUACCAAUAUAAUAUCAAAUCGAUGGGUUAUUACAUGUAUGUUCUUCUUCUGGUUAUGAAGAAUCAGCCUGAUAUUGCAGCCAAUCAGAAACAGAAAAUAUUCUGAAUGAAUAACAAUGCAAAAUCAUUUGAAGCAAAUUUUUUCUUUCUUUUCAUUGGCUGAGAGCCCACCAUGUGACCUGCAAAUAACUGCCUACAAAUAAUGGUCUGCUCAUGCGCAAUGCCGUCCAACUGUGUUUUGCUGCAACUAAUAUUCCGCUCGUGCAUAAAGGAAACCGUGCUUUCUCCUUCUUGUGAUUGCUCUUGCGUGAAAAUGGCAGAUUGCUUUGCUUCCCAAAGAUAUUCAUUGUAAAAACCAACUCGGUGAUCGACUGAUAAAGCUCGGUUAUCGCAAAAUAUCGUGAUUUGUCAGUGUCUGGCAGAUCAAUUAUUUGCCUCAGCCUUCGGCUUCAGCAAAUAAUUGAUCUGCUCGCCACAGACAAAUCACGAUAUUUUGCUCAACUUCGUCCAAUAAUAUUGUUAAUUAUUGGUUUCUCAAACACUUAUCCCCUAGACAGCACUACCAAUCAUAGAGUUGAACAGUGCCCAGUACUCAAGUACAGGCCUAAUACAGGUGUACAUGUAUGAGUUUGAGAAUGAAAGUAAUAAUUCCCUGCAGGUGGGAUUUACCUGAAGAACAUGGUCUCCCAGUUUUGGAAAGACAGGGAUCCAUCUGAGCUUAUUGAUGGUGUGCAACCUUAUGUGAUUCCCGAACAAGACAAAGUUAUAAUCAGAGAAAAUAUUGUUGAAGCUGUGAUCCAUGCUCCUGAAUUAAUAAGGUAGAGAAUAUUAUUGCUAAUGAUUUAUCUGUUGGGAUUCUAACCUCUGAGUGUCUAUGAAUAAGGAAGGGGACAUUUGGGGGAUACCCAAUACUGCAAUACCAUAGGAAAAAAUUAGCAAAUACUGAAACACCGUGUCGAAAAUCAAUGAAAUACUUAUACCACAUUUGUGAUCGGUCAUGCUUACCAUCAGCAGCCUGUUAUUACUGGUUAUUACUGAUACAAAAUAUUGCACAUGUACAUUUAAUUACAUUUGUAUUUCAGUAUAAAGUUUAGAAAUAAAUUUUAUUAGUACAAACUUACUUUACAUAUACUGGUACAUAUACCAUGCACCCUGAAUGUAAGGCAGAGGGCAUAAAACAGCAAUAAAGCCACAUAUUAAUGUUGGUGGACCUGUUUGCCACCAGCUCACCGAUAUUAAUUUGACCAACAAACUUUAACGGGAGUUACAUGUGUUACUCACUUUUUUUGUGUAUUUCUUUGGGCGUUUUUGCCAGGGGAAUGUGACUCUACAAUGGGGUGAAAAGGGUUUGGGUCUCUGGAUUAUUAUUAGUAAAACUGGUACCUCCCCUCCCCUAAACAAUGCUGAAGUUUGAGCAAAAUGGGUGGAAAUGAUUUUCUGGAGGGGGGGGGGGGAUGCAACAUUGCUGGUAGGAGAUGGGGUCAAAAAGUUAUCAGUAGAAUUAGACUCCUAUGUAAUAAUUUACUUGAAAGAGUUUUUCAAACUGUCCCAAGUUCUUUUGACCUCCAUUGCAUUUUGUAGCUUUGAUGCUGAAAAUGUCAAACUACUCUGGUUUGUCCCCUUCUCCCUGCACUAACAGGGCUUGACAUCAGGAGUUGUCGUAUGGUUUUUUCGAAUGUUGUAUAAGCAGCAUGGAAAGAGUAACAACAUUACAUUUCCAUGUACACUGUACAUAGACCCAAAAUGGUUCUUUGUGUCCAAGUUAGGGUUGAUGUAUUAUAGUGUUGCGUAAACGUCUUAACCUUUUAAGAUUAAUAGUUACAGUAUAUGUACCUCUGUCGAUUGAUUUGAACUUUUCUUCAACUGCCUUGAAAAGGCUGAGUCAGUAAGAGCCAGCUGCCGGCUAAUUUCACUGGCUGAAAAAAAGAGCUUACCACCGGUUCAAAUUCUGCUCUGGAAAGCAUUGGGUAAUUUUGAAGAUGCGGUUGAGUAAAAAAGCCUGCUUGUUGACUCACAGUCUGGCCUGCUUAGCUUUUCUUUAGCAACACUCCUGACUUGGUACAGCUAUAUGGAAACUGCAUGUACUCGGGCCAAAAAGAAAUAAUUAGCAAAAUAAUUGAAAAAAGUCUUGGGAUUGUUCUCAGCUCAAACAAUAGUCCUGCUGCUACAAUCAGGGACAAAAGUAGUUGACACACUGUCUUGUUUAAAACGGGUGCUUUUAACAAACAUUUCAUUCAUCUAUUAUUUCAUUCUUUUUAAACGCCGUAAAUCUCCUCGCCCCCCGAAACAAUGUUGUCUGAAGUAAAAAAAAGACUUGAGGGUCCAAAAUUCAACAUUGAUUUUGGGGUGGAAGGGGUUGGAGUAGACAGGGGAAGGGGAUAAGUAUAUCCACUAUGCAAAAAGGGGCCAUUUUACGGAAGUGUGUCAACACUUUUGUCCCUCAUUGUAGCUAUAUUCCACUUUCAUUCUAGAUUACAGCUGACUGUAUGCGUGAGCCAAAUUCUUCGCCACGACUUUCCUGACAAAUGGCCAGGAGUUAUCGACAAGGUGAAUGGAUACCUGGCUGAGAACAGUCGAGCAACUUGGAUGGGGGCUCUGCUUACUCUGUAUCAGAUUGUCAAAAAAUAUGAGUAAGUUGAAAUAAUUUAUACUUCCCUUUACAACACAUACAGUGUACUUGUAUGUUACUUUACGCGCUUUUGAUCAUAUUUACAUGGAAAAGGCGCGUUAGAAAUUUUUAAUUAUUAUUAUUAUUACUUAACCCUUUCAGCCAGCUACAGUAGGUACUACAAUCAUCAUCAAAAGUGUUGGGAAAGCUGCUACUUUUUACCUCUCUUUUCCCUUCUUCCCCCUGGGCCCAAUGUUGAGCAAAAUUUUAAUGUUGUGCGUGUUCUGUUAUAAAUUAUCCCAACAUUGAAUGGGGGACAGAGUUUUUAAUCAUAAGAGAAAAAUCUAUUUUUUGAGGAUUAAAGUGGACUACUGUUAAGUUGUACAACCUUCCCAACUACUUUUGUCCGGGAUUGUAGUUUGGAGAAUUGUUUUUUUUAUUCUAUUUAAAAUAAGGUUGCCAGUAACAGUGUGAGAUUUUAUUAAGGAAAUUUCUUUUGAAGGUUUUUUGCAUAGUACUAUCAAUUUUUUUCCUGUAGUUUAUGAAAUGAGAUUUGAGUUUUUGUUGUACUUACAAGUGUACAUGUAGUGUUUGGGCAUUCUUGGGAUUCAAAUUAUUUUAAAACUCUAACAUGAGGAUACAUCUUCACACUGUCCAUUUUCCAUACUUUCCUUUGAGAGUACAGCGCUGUAGGCUGAUUUAGCAGCAGAACGGGAACAUCAGUUAAUGAUGGUGUUCGCAAGUCAAAAAACUUGCUUGACCAAUGGCAGAGUGGCAAAUUGAGCACCGGUGGUUGUGUACAGACCUCUUCCAUGUGCUUUCCCGUCAUCAACUGAUGUUCGUGUUCUGUUGCUAAAUCAUCCUAGUGAUGAGGAGAAUCUGUUUAAAAAUCAAGACUUUUUUUACAUGUACUUGGUGAUCAUUCCUUUAUUCUCACAGCCUUUAUGUUUGACGAAGCAUUGAUACUCUGCAUUAUUUUGUGAAAUCUCAGGCGAAAACGUUCCUUACGAACUAACACACAGCAUGCAAACGCACGACAAGUGAAAAGAUGAGACACAGAUAGCCAAGCCCUUCGAAACGGAUGACAAUUUCUUUGAACGGAUAGCCCGAGCCGUUCGAACGGCUUAUGAACAGCAUACUAACGGCUAUCGGUUCAAAAAUGGCAAACCAUAAGGAACGUUUUCGUGUUGAGGUCACAUUUGUUUACACUGUAUUAUGACCCACUCUUAUUUGGCUUGCUGGCGUAAUUGGUUAAAGCACUGCCCCAGGAUUGCCGAGGUCAGGGUUUGAGUCCUGGUAAGCCUGAAUUUUUCAGGUCUUCUUUUUGCAACUGGAUAAGUUGUCUUCAACUGCGUUAAUCUUCUUUACAUUUAUUUAUUUGGUUCAUUAGAAUAAUAGUUGUCACCUAUAUGUGUACAUGUAAGAGUUAAAUGGGUGAAACCUCACUCUUAUAUUAUUUAAACCCUUUUUUCAUCCAGAUAUGACUACAUGUACAUGUAGAUGCCACAGGUGAAAAUUAAAUUCAGGAAAAAAUUUUUUAAACUAGGUUGAUUUGCCAUUUCCUUCGCCUCCCGGCCCUAAUUAUUCAUGAAUUAGGGCCAGGAGACAAAGGAAAUUGAGAAUCAACCCAGUUUGAAAACUUUUGUCCUGAAUUUAAUUUUGACCUGUAACAUCUACAUGUACAUGUAGUCAUAUCUGGAUGAAAACGAGGUGUACCGGUACAUGUACUUUUUUUACGAGUGUCUUACUGUAGGUGUAAUGUUAAAUCCACUAGUUUGUAAUGCAUAGGGUUUUGCUUACUUUUAGGUUUAAGAAGCCUGAUGAGCGCCAAGUUCUCCACAGAAUCAUGCAAGUUCUUUUACCUCAGCUGUACUCAAGAUUCACCUUGGUCAUAGAAGAUGGUUCACAGCCAUCAGUAGAAAUUCAAAAACAGAUUCUCAAAAUAUUUUUUGCUCUCAUUCAGGUUAGUGAUCCAGAAAUUUUUCUGCCAUGGUAAUGUGACGUCACACUUAUCCUCUGUAUUAAGAUAUCUGAAAGUGGACAAAUACACUUUGAUAAUAUUGUUUUGCAGUAUGUCCUUCCUAUGGAAGUGAUCACAGCACAGUCAUUUGGAAAGUGGAUGCAUGUAUUUCAAACUGUGGUUGCAAGAGAUGUUCCACAGGUCAGAAUCUCUCCUCAAUAAAAUGUAGAUCUUACAUACUGAAUUAAUCUCAAUUAUCCUUAUUGUUAUAGCUGUAUGUAUCCUGUAUUGAUGUUGUAUUUUUGUCAAUUAUUGAGAGAGGUUGUGGAAAUCAUUAUAGAGCGGUUUUCACUUGACUGUCAAAAGGGAUUGGUUUUGGUUUUGGUUUUGGUUUUACUACGCCCUUUGGUUGGCUAGUGUAUUUACUUUGGUUUUGGUUUUACGACAGUCAAGUGAAAACCGCUAACGAUUCAUUACUACUGUUUAUUGAUGGCUAUUAAUCAGUGUUAAUCAGUAAAGUUACAUCUUGUAAUAAAGUAUGAUUUUUCAGGUGGCGUUGGAAGGUGAUGGAGAGGAGCUGGCCAAGCUUCCAUGGUGGAAAGCCAAAAAGUGGGCUUUACAUAUUCUGUGCCGAGUUUUUGAGAGGUAAAUAAAAAUUAAUGCUUUGCACUGAUAUACAGUACAUGCAAACUUGAACAAGUGAGUCUAGACUGUGAACAGUCUCUCUUGUUCUUCAGAUUUAGUGAGGGAUGUACAAGCGUGUGCUAGCCGCCAUCAGCAGGCACAUGGUCAUUUUCAUGUCCUGCAUCAAAAAAGAGAGACUGCUAAUAGUCUAGAGGGAGUCUUGAUCAGUGGAUCGAUAAAAAAUAUUCAAAAUGACUUGCUGUAAAUUAAUGUAAAAAUUAUUUAUCAUGGUGGUGAUAGAGGGGACUAAGUGAGGGAUCGAGGGCUGUAAUAUUCAAUAAUGAUUAUACUUGAUUUGAAAUGGAAGUUAGUAAAACUUUAUCUUGAGGGAUCCAGGGGCAGAUUGUCUGAACAUCAGAAUUUUUAUGGGUGAAUGUGGUUGAAACCUUUUGCCUAUAAAAAUCCUGUCAUCUUGACUAGCUACCCCUACUUUUGUGGGGACUGUAACACUGCUGUUAUUUUGUAGCACAAAAAUAGAAAAAUCUAUGGAUUGCCACUGAUUUGAUUUCUAGGUAUGGAACACCUGGCUCUAUAACUAAGGAAUAUGAACAAUUUUCAGAGAAUUAUUGCAAACAUUUUUCAGGUAAGACAGUUCUGAAUUAGCUAAUUAGUGUAAUGUUCAGUGUUAUUUAAUCAGCAUACCGGUGUAUGGUUUGAAACUACAGCUGUAGCUGAGUGUUUUUAACAUUGAUAACAACAAACGAAAUGCAUGUACUGUACUUGCGAAUAAGGAUGCGUACAUUGUAACUGGCAUUAUUAACAAGAUGUGACACAGCCCCUUUGAGCUACAUUGUACAUUAGUUUAAAACAAGGACAGUUGUGUUCUGUAUCUUUGGACACUUGAAAUUGGCUUACCCCUUGUGGCCUGGUUUGGGGUCUUGAUAUCAUUUUCUAUCAAAAUUAACUUGUUUUUCUGCUUCCUUAAUAACAGCCUUCUUUUCUGUUUUCUGUAGCAAGCGUGACACAGAUUCUCCUUAAAGUCUUGGAUCAGUACAGACAAAAAGUGUUUGUUGCUCCACGUGUUCUUCAACAGACAAUUAACUACUUAAAAAAUGGGUCAGUAUAGUUAUUAAUUAUGUCAGAAGUGGUAGAACGGAUGUGGAACCACAGGAGCUGAUAUGAGCAGUUCAGGGGUGGAUGGGUUAGCAUAAUAAUAGAUUUACAAGUACACGUAUGUUGAAUUUUUUAAAUACAUAAUGAUGUACUCAAGAAGCAAAAGUUGCUCUCGGCUACACCUCAAGCAACUCUUAGGCUUCUUUCAUUCUUACAGUGUAGUUUGUUUAACUUGUCAAAUAGUGAAUUAAAGAAAAUACUGCUACUAAUAAUGAUAGUAAUGAUAAUAAUAUGAAUAAUAAUAAUAACAUUAUUAUCUUAUUUCAGGAUUUCAAAUUCCCUCCACUGGAAAGUUAUGAGACCUCGUAUCCAAGUAUGUUUUCGAUAAUUAUUUUAUUUUGUUGAAUAACUACAUUAACGGGGAAGUAAUUCACAUACCGUAUUUUGGUACGGUUUCCUGGGGCCUGUUUCUGAAAAUGAUAAGAAGAAACUAUCAGUUAACAAAGCAAAAUUGACCAGUUUGGGAGCUAGGAAAUGAACUACUAUUAAACAGGUUUUGAUUUUAAAAUUUGUCUUCUUGCCCAAAAAGUUACUGGGCCUUUCAGGCAACGAGGCCCUGGAAAGGACAAUCUCGCAAGAGCUUGCCUGGAAAAGAAGUCAUACAUAAAAUGUCCCAGCAACUGAAAUGAUAAAACCCUAGAAAUUGAUUGUUACAAUAAAAACUUGGACAGGGGUGUAGAAAUACUUUUUGAGUGUAACAUUUUGUUUGUGCUUCGAUAUGGAUAAGCAAGGUUUCUGUUAUGUCCUCCUGCUAACUUGCCAUUGUGUACAUGUAAAAUGGAUCCCCACUAAUAUGGCCACUGUUUAUAAGUAAAUUAAUGAAUGUUUUUAAACGUGGUAAUAAUUAACAAGGUGGUGUAAUCAACAGCAUGUGCUUAAUGGAGGCGGGGGGCAGGGGUGGGUGUGAAGGAUUGAUUCCACUGUACUUAAAAAUUUUAUGCAAUAAUGUAGAGCUUAUUGUUCACUGUCUUUGUAACAGGCUAUUAUUCAGGAAGUUGUUUUUCCCUUGAUGUGUUACACAGAGGAAGAUGACGAGCUUUGGCAAGAGGACCCUUAUGAAUUUAUUAGAGUUAAAUAUGGUAAGUGCAUUUGACAUCGACCUCAAGUUUCAAUUUAAUCCUUCAGGCGCAACCUGUUUACAUUCAACUGUGGCCAACUUCAAAAUUCAGGAGAAUUUCAAAGUUUAUUUCACUUUAAAUAAUCAUACACUUUAUAAAAGAAGUACAGUUAAACUGCCAUCAAGCAGCCACCCUCUAUUAAGCGGCCAGUAAUCAAAGUCCUGAAAUACAUGUAGUUAUAGAAAAGAACAGGAAAGUAAAUCUCUCUUAAGUGGCCACGUCCACCUUUUGACCAUCCCAAUGAGAGUUCUUUCAUCGUUGUGACCUCUAUUAAGUGGCCAUCUCGCGCUUGAUACACUUAGUUUGGCUUUAUCCCUCUAAGUCCUAAGAGUGACCAACAUCAAUUUUCUCCUCACAAUAUCGAUACAUAAUCAAAAGAAAAGUUUAUGACAAUUAAUAAAAUGAUUACAUCAGGGAAAAUGCUUUGGUCUUCCAUCAAAUUCUCUCAACUAAUUCUUUACGGAAAUGUAUAAAGAUCAGUAUGGAGAAUUUGUUAGUGUAUAUCGGGGCUUAACGGGUUAUUUCAAGAAUACAAUAAAGGAAAAUACAGGUGAUGAUACAGGUGAGAAAAGGAAAAUACAGGUGAGAUAGAAGGUGAUGCCUUAUUCUGCUCCUGUAGCACGUUUGUUUCAAAACAAAGAGGUGUUUCUGCUAAAGAUUAUGCUCAUGUUAUGCUUAUUUACGACGAACCUCUAUUGUGUGGCUAACCGCCAUUUAGCGGCCACUUGCUGGUACUUCAAGGGUGGCCACUUAAUGGAGGGUCAGCUGUAGUAUUAAUAGUGACAUGCUAGAGUGCUGCUAAAGAGAUGUCAUCUGAAUGGCAUUACCAUAGGAUUUUGUUUACCAUUUCAUCAACAAGAGCAAACAAACAACAUUAUCAACUUCUUUACAGCAUGAAGUUUGCAAAGCAGAUGUAACUAAUGUCUUUAAAUAGCAACACAUUAUAUACAUGUAGCUCAUUGAGGUGGGUAGGAAGAGCAAGAUAUAUGGUUUUAAAAUAUACUGGAAAUUGCAUGAAGUUGCCACUGCAUAAUGGUGCAAAAUCCAGGAGGUUACAGCUAAAGAACUGAAAUUACAGUCAUGGUUAUUUUAACAAUAAUUAUUAUAUUUUCAAAAAUUUUUUAUUAUAGUGAAGAUGUCAAAGGGUAUGAGUUUUCGGUCACAGAUUUCAGAAUAUUGGUGAAUGUUGCAUUUCAAUCAGAAAUUUACACUAUCCAUGUAAAAUAUUAUUGGUUUUAAUAUUAUUAUUAUCAUCAGAAUGUCUCUUUUUCUUCUUGUGUCAACAGAUAUUUUUGAAGACUUUGUUUCCCCAGUAACUGCAGCAGCUACUCUUCUUCACACUGCUGUUUCUAAAAGGAAACAAGUCCUGGAUCCAACCAUGGUGUUUUGCGUGCAUUUAUUGAACAUUCCUGCAGAACAGCGCGAUCCCAGACAGAAGGAUGGAGCUCUUCACAUGAUUGGAACAUUAGCUGAUGUGUUAAUUAAGGUAUUGUGUUCUUACCUCCGUUUUUUUGUGUCUACGUUUAGUGCUCACCUACUCGUAGCAUACGAAAACAGCCAGUCCUCCUCGCUCCUCGCUUCUAGGGGCAUACAAGGAGCAAGGAAGAACGGUUGUUUUCGCAGGAUAACCUACUCGCCAACUAACCAAAUAUAAUGGAAGGUGUCACCAAGGGAUAACAAAUCUUACAUGUACUUCUCUUACCAAGUUUGUCGAGGUUGUAAGUUCCAGAAGAGUCUUUAAGAGCCAAAUUAAUAUCCAGAGUUGAAAACACCUCAUUCCUUCAGAGUUCAAGCCCUAUUCCUCCUUCCAUUAGAAUUGUUGUCUCUGUGUGAUAAGUCCCUUGUCCUCAAAAUAAUAAAUAUAUAAAAUAAGAAUAACUUUAUUUUAGUGUCAAGUUAUUUAGCUUAACAGUCAUUUUUUCCUAAUGAUCAUCCACUGAGAUUUUAAAUAUUAUUAAUGAUCUUACCUCUGUAAAACUAAAUACAAAUGUCCAUGACUCAAAAUUUCCUCCCACAGCAAAAAGUAAAAUGAAGAGAAAGGUCCAGUGUUCCUCUUUGAGGCUUGUCAAGUUUCUGAGCUCACUACUGACCUUUGACCAAAUGAAAGGUCCUUGCUAAUGCAGCAAAUGCUGUAUCAAAAGUGGGGUAGGUCAAACUCACAGUUUCUUAGGCCCCUUUUGUGUACUUAUUACUUGCCCUUUGUUUUUCAGAGAAAAAUGUACAGGACGCAACUUGAAAGUAUGUUAGUGCAGCAUGUUUUUCCUGAGUUUAAAAGUCCUCUGGGUUAUCUCCGAGCAAGGGUAGGUAAAGAAAAAAGAAACAUUGCCUCAAGAGACUGACUAUAAUCAGUUUACUGUCAGUGUGAUACUUACAAGAAGUGACAUUGUCACAUGAAGUGUGAACAUUACAUUUAUUUAUGCCUUGAUCAAAAUAAUAAUUAACUAUUAUUGAAUGAGGCUGAGUAUCAUCUAAAGUAUUAUGGAGAUCAGGGAGGAUGUUAUCUGCCAAGGCCGUAGGACGAGGCGGAUAACACCUCUACUAUAUAAUUCUUUAGAUGAACAACCCCUUUUAUCAUUCAUUCAAAAUAAUCUUAGUUUAAAAUUCUUUUAGAUGAUAGUGCAUGUUAAUCGACAAGUUUAGAAUCAAUAAUUUUUUUAGAUGUCGUCUGUCAAGAACUUAUUCAUUCAAAAUAAUUCCUAUUUUUCCUCGUGAAAUGAGUGAAAUGUUCUAAAACAUGCCUUGUCCCCAGGUCUUCUCAGUUAACAUUGAUAAUUGGCAAUCUUGCUUGUUGACAUCUUUUAUAAAUGUGCAUGUUAAAUUGACAAGUUUUUAGGAAUCAGAAACAGAGAAAUAUUUUGAAUGAAUAAUAAUAUUAUUUGAGGCAUGAGGACAGUAAUAAAGCAAUUUUUUAUGCUAUAUUGAUACUUUUUAAUAAUAUCUAUGUUAUUAGUAAUAAUUAUGAUUAAUAUUUAAAUUAUUAAUAAUUUUUACUACAAGUGCUUGCUUAUCCAUCUUCUGGCCAUUUUAUUGUUAGAAUGUACACAUAGAUUUUCAUUUUUAUGGAAAAUUGACAAAUAUUAUUUCAGUAACCAGUCUAAUAAUAAUAAUAUUUUUCUUAACAAUAUUUUUGUACAAUGUAUCUGUUCUUAUAUAUUAUAAGUUAUGGGAAGCUCUUUAAUAAUUAUCUGAUUUGUGAAACUUCUGAUCUUAGGCUUGUUGGGUAUUGCACAGUUUUGGAGACAUAACAUUUAAAGAUGAAAGAAAUCUUGAAAUUGCAGUUAACUCUGCACGACUAUGUUUAACUGAAGACAAUGAUCCCCCAGUCAAAGUUGAGGCAGCCAUAGCUUUGCAGUUUCUGAUUGAGAAACAAGAGGAAUGUAAGUGCAAGAUUAAAUUGUUAUUGACCUUUUGAGUAACUCAGCCCCGCAUUAUUGAUUCAGUAGAAAUAUGUCCUGGCUGGGACAAAAUGGAUAAGUACACUGUAAGUAAGUACAAAUCUGAGACAAGUAGCAGGAGAAAAAUAAUAUUGGAUGUUUAGCAUCAUGAAACGGACAGUACAGCUCUAUUAAUUUUGGCAGUGUAUUGCUUAAGAGAAUGUGACUAAAUACAGGCAGUCGUAAGAGUGACUGAUUAACAUCACAAGAAUACACAAGAAAACAAUAAUGGAUGCCAGCUUUUUAAAGAACAUCUACAACAAAAUACAUCAGAUCCUGUUCAAAUCCCAAAACUGCACAGGAAAUUAACACAUGAUAAGGGAAAUAUGAACCAUUAUUUUUAAAUGAAUAAAAAAGCAGUUAUAAUAAAUCAACUCAACUUAUGGCUUAACCUUGUUCAGUGUUUAAUUUUUCAUGUCAAACUCAGCAUCAUCCAACAAUACUAAAAUUUAAUCCUUUAUUAUAACUAUUGUGUAAGUGGAUAAAGUUGUGAAGGCCAUUCAUGAUUUUGUUUCCACAGCUAAAAAGUACAUUGAACCACAUGUUCGGCAAGUUAUCCUCGGUAAGUUGAAUAUGAACACACCAUACACUGUACUACUACAGACAGUUGAAGUGAUCUCUGCUGAAAGGUUUUUUUACAUUAACAUUCUUUAAAAUUUUAUCUUUACUGUGGAGUUUCUUAACUGCCUAUACUUUUAACCGCUAAAAUGUGCUCAGCUUAAAAUUUCCCCCUGUUACAUCAAUGCUUUUUAGAACACGAUCUCACAAGAUAAAGUGAAUAACACUUUAAUGAUGUCUCCAUGAUACUUCUAUAGGAAAUGUAUUAUGGAAAACAAAUGGGGAUUAAAAGUUUGAGUCAAGGCUAAAGGGUUAAUGUCAGAAUAAUGUAAUUUUUUUGUAACUACUGGUAUUGAUCCUUCUCCUUCAUCUCAAUCCACGACUGAAAAAAUUUACCUUUGCUUUUGAUGUGUUACAAUUCCCUUUUUAGUGCAUGUUUCACCUUAUUUUUUUGUACAUUUACUGUCUUUUUGACAUUCAAACAGUUACUAGUUAUUCUUAAUUUAAACUGAACCUCAGAAGGAUCUCCUUCUGGUUUCAAUUAUUUUAAUAAAACUUGUACAAGUGUAAUUUACAAGUGUAGUUAUAAGUUGUUUUAGAGUCUGAAAACAAUAGCCACACUUGUAAAUAAUUAUUAUUCUUGUAAGGGUUUUAUUAAAUUGACCACUGGGCAAUUCUCUUUUUCUAACCCUUUUACAGAGUUGCUAAAAGUGAUUCGUGAAACUGAGAAUGAUGACCUUACGGGUGUCAUGCAGAAACUCAUAUCUACCUAUGGUGAUCAGCACCAAGUUGCAAGCAUUGCAGUAGAUAUUGCCAGAGAUCUGGUAUGCAUACACUGUACAAUGUACAAAAUAGAUUGCUACCCUAAUAUCAUAGGUGACGAAUUACUCUUUAAUUUUGGCUCGAAAUUUCAGCGAUAAUUUGUAAUUUCACAUGUGAAAUUACAAAAUUGCCAUUGGCAACCUUCUGUACGUCUCAGUGUCAAGAUGGCGACGAAGUUUUAAAAUGUCAUGAAUGAAGAUGCCAGGGCAUGAAAAUAAGCUUUAGAAAACCUGAACACACGAAAGAGCACAUCAAGAAGGAUUCUAACGGGUAUUUUAUCGAAAAAUUCUGAACUUAAGCCAAAUUUAAGAAAAAUGCAUUUUUUAACAGUCGAUUUAAAUUAAUAAUAUUGUAUCUCAUGCAUGUUUUCCACAACAUAAUGCUGUUUGAUAAAACCAUCUUGACAUAAAAUGGGACAUUGUUAAGUCUUGGGAAGAACUCUUUGAGUUAGUUAUUUUGUACUUUUACAUUUUGCAAAUGUACUGCAGGGCUGUUUCAAUCUAAAUAUUAGAAGUACCCUCCAGAUUUGUGUUUUUUGGGGCAAUUAUUACAAAUGUAUUACUGGGUUUUGAAUUAAAAAAGAAAGACAAUCUGUUUUCUUUUUCAAGAUUAUACUGAUGGUAUUUAAUAUUACUAAUUUAAAGAAAACUAUAUGAUUAUUUUAAAAUGUGCAGUUGCAUGCAGGCUGCAGGGGGCUCACACAGCUUAUGCCUAACCCAUAGCUGGUGUAUUGGUAAUAUCUCCAAAUUUUUAACACUGAAAAUAAACAACCUUAGCUUUGAAAUCCUUUUUUCAGUACUUGCUUAGCUUUUGCAAAUUUCUCUUGUUUGACCAUGGCGAGAGGUGACCUUGUUUUGAUGAAAGCUUCCCUGCCUUAGAGAAAGUUAAGAGGGGGUGGUUAUUAGAGAGAUUCUGGUAGACUCUGUGAGACAAAGUUUCUUUUUAAUAAAAGAAUAUGAUGCUAUGUGCUGCAUUUAAACCUGGACUUCCAGGUUUGUAUCUUCAUGUGUUAGUAACUACACCACUUUUUUUAAAUCUCAUUUUGUUUACACCUGUAGGCAGGCACAUUUGUCCAGCUUUUAGAUGGUGACGAUAGUGAUGAAAAAGCUGUCACUGCAAUGGGUAUUCUUAAUACAUUGGAAACCAUGUUAAAUGUUAUGGAACGAUCAAAAGAGGUACACAAUUUAGGCGUAAAUUUACAUCAGUAAUACAGUCAAUUCUCUCCAAGACAGACACUUUUCAGGGCUUUGCCUAAGAGCCGGGGGCGGGGAUUUUCCCUGGCUACUAUGAGCGUGAGGCCCGGCUGCUUUCAUAAGAAACAAAAGGAAAAUAGAACCCAAAGGACUUCAGGAACAAUUUAGGUUUCUGGGAAACUGCCCACCUUCCCCUCCCCUAAGUCAACAUUAACACUUACUUCUCACUAAGGGCAAAACGUUGGAUUAGGGGAGGGGUAGGUGGGCAGUUUCAAUUCCCCUCCUACUAGUUGCAUAUACCCGGCGACUUGAAGUUUUAGCUACAACCCUGCUCUUUUGGGACCAGCACCGUGGGUCUGCCUUAGAGAGACAUUAUAUGUGAAAGGUUUGAACCCAGGAGUCAUUUCAUAAGUAAGUUGACUAUGAUCGUACGGGUAAACGUAGUCCUGAAUAGGACUGUUGUUGUUGAUAAUGACUGAGGUUUCGACAACCUGUGCGUAAGUCAUCUUCAGAAUCAAAGUGAGUUGUUUCACUCAGUUGAUGGUGUUAAACUCUUGUUAUUGACCUGACUGGUCAAUUAAGUCGCGAUGUUAUUGGUCGUUUGUCAGUUAAGCCGUCUUGUUUUUGGCUAUGAAGACUCGUAUUGUCAUUGGUGCGUUUCGAUCCGUCUAUUGUCACAGUUAAACAGUCAUUUAUUGUUAGUCAAAUUGUCAGUUGUCCACAGCAGUCGUUCUCUCGAAGUUAGUUUUGCUUCAUUCCGUCAAUAAUAGUCAACUAACAAGAGUGAAGAAAGGCAGGGAACAACUUUAGGCAUCCGUUUAGCCUGGUUACAGUUUCUUGAGAAAAUCUUCUCUGGGUGAAAUGCUUGCAGGCCACGAUUCCUUAGCAAUUUACUGAAGAUAUUUCACUAUACAAGACAACUUAGUGUUUAACCAUAUUUUUUUUUAUCUACACCUGUACAUAUGCAGAUUGUUCAUCAGUUGGAACAAGUGGUAAUCUCUUUAAUAGCGAAAGUUCUGGAGCUGUCUGUGUUGGGUAUGUAUAAAUUGAUCCUCUGGUUAGAUCACUGAAGUUAUUGGAUUACACAAAUAAAACUUAUCCUCUUAACAUAAAUUUAUAUAGUGUGUUCGAAUCGCUCAAAUUUCUGUAAUUUUUCCCAGCAAUUUCCUAGAAAAGUAAUUAUUGCAAAAGCGAUUUAAUACAGAGCUAUAACUGGCAUAGAAAUCUCCAACCCUGGUCGAGGUUUUUCAAAUGUUGGACAGUACUAUCCAUCGGAUAAAUCACUAUCCAGCAGAUAAGCGUAACGAAAACCAAUUGCGCUGUCCACUGGACUGGGACCUGCACAGAGUAAUUGCUAGAGCUUCGUGCAAAAGAACGCAAAAUUGUCGGCCAACAACUCCCAACAUUGUUGGAUGUUACAUUUUGCGUCCGUUUGCACACCCUGUUCCAUGCUGUUGGGUGUUGUUGUGCAAGGUUUGAAACCUGUCAAACUUUUAGCCCUGUGCAAACCAGCGCAACAUUGUUGGAUGUUACAUGUUGUUGUGCAAGGUUUGAAACCUGUCAAACUUUUAGCCCCUUGCCAACGGGCACAACAUUGUUGGCCAACAAGUCCCAAAUGUAAAAAAAUUUGGCAAUUUUUUGUGAAUUUUUAAUACUAUGGCUUCAAAACUCACCAAUUUUACCAGUUGGUUAGUGCUCCCUGGUACAAUGUGUUAGACUCUACAGGAACAUUUUGUGUAUGGGUAAAGACAUAGCCCGUGUAGAGGUGCCCUCCCCUAAAAAAAUCGACUCUCUCCCCGAUUUUUGUUUUUUUUUUAGGGGAGGGAGUGUCUGUAGAAAGGCUACAAUCAUGGACAAAAGUCUUGGGACACUUUUGCAUGUCUGGGGCGUUUCCCAGUUCGCACAGGCCCAACACCUCCCCUCACCCCACAAACAAAGUUUGACGUGUGUAUCCAGAAUUUUUUCCGAGUUUCAAUUUUGUAUAGGGUGGGGGAGGGAGAACUUCAAGAAAAUUUCGAAAAGGAAUCGGAUGCACUUUUUUAUUAGGGAACCCAGAAAUGACAGAAAAAUAUGAAUACUGCAUUACUGUCGCAAGAACUUUAGUCCAUGAUUGUAGUAAAGACACUAAUUAAUGACAAUAGCACUGAAUUCACCUAAAACAGCCAUUAAGAAUAUCAUCGUGACGUAACCCCUAUAAAAUGCCCUCGAACAUGUCUAUGCAGCAGUUGUAUCUUUCAUAAUCUACAAUCACCUCAUCCACUUUCUCGUUGAGGUAUACUAACCAGUACGCUGUGACAAUCUUAGAACUGUACAUUCUGUCUUUUUAAUAAGUAUUGUCCUUAUAUAUAUUACCAUUUUUUGUUUGUUCUUUAGAGUUCUAUGAGGACAUUUUGUCCAUUAUUUGUACCUGCACAGUGUUUGAGAUCUCGCAGUCCAUGUGGUCUGUGUUUUAUAUGAUAUAUGAAGCUUUCCAGAAAGAUGCUUUUGACUACUUUGCAGGUAAAGUUACUAGUAAAGGCUUGUUAAUGCUGCUAGAGAAGAUCGUAGAGAAAUAGAGAUAAAAUAGCGAGCGUAGCCCCAAACCUAACAAAAUUUGGUAAUCACGUGACAGUACGCUCGUCCGCCGUCCGUCCGCACCACAGGUGUACCAAUGUAAAGUAACUCAAUCAACAGGUAGGUUACCCAAAUGCAACUUGAUGUUUUUGCGGGAAAUCGCAUAGCCACCCGCGUCUUGUGAAGUAGAGACAGUCAAUAGAGAAAGAGAAAGACAGAGAAUAAGAGAAAAUAGGCAACAGGCCAGCGAAGCUCAACGAAAAAAAGAGCGACGGAGAGCAAGAGCGAGAGAUAAGGAGCCAUUUUCUGUUGGAAGAACAACUUGAAUUUGUAGCGGCGGUGAGAAAAUGAGAAAUUCUAGCGGCCACCAAGGAAAAAAUGAGCGGCGGUGAAAAAAGUGAACAAGAACAUGUACGACAUUUCCUCCAUAAAACGUGUAACCAGGAAGUUUCUGGACGUUUCACCUUGUAGUCGUAGUCGUGCAAAACAACGGCAAAGAGAUGUACAAAAAAAGUGUGCUGCACGUGCAAAGUUGUUUUUUUGCUAAUUAGACCUCUCGUUGUUUUUUCACAUUUUUCUUUGCCUUCGCCGCUUAGCAUUACACGAUUUUACAUUUAGUUUGAGCAAACUAUAAACAUUAUCGAGAGCUUCGCUUUUAACCUUGGCUGAAUCUAUAUAUUACAGGAAGAACAGAAACUGAAAAUGUCUCUUACUUACCGUAAAUUUUCUUCUAAGCUAUAGAGCGUUUCCACGUGACGUCACUUCCGCGAUGUUUGUGUUCCGAGACAACGAAACGGCAACCAUAAGAAAUAGAGAUAAAAUAACCCUAAAACAGGAAGAAGACAAACUAAAAAUGUGUUAUUACUUAGUUUUUCUCUAAGCUAUGCAGCAUUUUCACAUAACAUCAAGUCUGCCACGUUGGUGUCUCAAGACAAUGAAAUGGCAGCCAUAUGAAUUAUGAAAUAGAUAUAAAAUAAACCUAAAACAAGAAGAGAAACUAAAAAUGUUUUUUUACUUACCGAAAAUUUUCACUAUCGCCAUAUGGUGUUCCAAAACAGUGAAAGCGAGGCCAUGUUGCUGUUCAAAACCAACCCCUAGGGAGUUUUUGCAACGACGACAACAACGGCGUUGAAAACGCCGCUAACAAAAGUAAUUUGCGUCCUUUCAAACUUUAUCGCGUCUAUCUGGACCCUUUCAAUUUCCCCUGGAGUUGAAUUCUUAAGGACUUUUUCCAGGUACAAAAAGAGAAACGAAAAUUCGUCGACGUGCGUUCACGUCCUCCAUAAAACGUCGCAUUAGAUGUAGUCGUAGUCGUGCAAUGGACGUCAAAGAAAUGUACCAAAAAGCGUGAUGUACGUGCAGAGCUGUUUUUUGCUCAUAAAACCAAUUGGUUUUUGACGUUGUUGUCGUCGUGGUGGUGGUGGUUGCUUAAGCUCCCUCUUUACACGUCUUAAUACGUGUGCAGGUUGUUUUGUGACAUCAAUGCCUUCACUUUUCAUGAUUUUUACUGUUUGUUUCUUGUCUUGUAGAAAUGAUGCCUUGUCUGCACAAUUACAUCACAGUUGACACACCUGCCUUCUUAGCAAAUCCCAAGAAUAUGGAAGUUAUAUACAAUAUGUGUAAAAAGGUCUGGUUUAAAUUCUUGUUCGUCAUCAUGAGAUUAGAUAAAACGUCUUAAAAGUCUUCAUGCUAUUGGUUACAAAAGGCCCAGGAAACACUGAAAGGAAAUUAGAAAUCUAGCUUGCCAGCAAGCUCUCCAUGCAAGCGAAGCGAGGCGCGAGAACGCGCGCGUGACGGUCUCCUUUCCCGUGCUGCUCUCGCGUGACUUCUUGCGACUUCCUCAAAUGGAAAGCUUGCUCGCAGGCUAUCUAAUUACAGUUGAACCUCCCUUAGCGACUACCCUAAGUGCGAAGACUUAGUUGUCGCUUACGGGAGGAAGUCGUUUACAAGAAUCAGACCACAGGGCUCUCUUCCGCGAAGAGUUCCGUCGGAACACGUACUUUAUGGUAGACAAGUAAAUGCAUGCAAUUUCUACGUUACGGUUUGUGUAGUUCCAUGUUAUCGCUAAAAGUUCCUCAAAUACUCUAAGAAGCACAGAACGUAAAGCUGACAUAGAGAUCGUAUCAUGCGUCAUGUGGUCGCUUACAAGUGUUAAAAAACAAUGGAAAAUUAUUAAACCGUCAUCCCCGAAAAGUGGUCGCGGUCGCUUACAGGACGUGGUCGUUUACGAUAACUAACAACUGUAAGGCUUCCAAGGCGAACAUUUUGCUGUUUUGGAUGAGUGGUCGCUUACGAGAGGUGGUCGCACACGGAGGUUCAACCGUAGGCUAAAAACCGGUUUAACCUGAGAAGGGAUUUUACCUACAGCAUGUACCUUGUAGCUUUCUGCCCCCGGUUAUUCAAACUUGGAUAGCGCUAUUUAUCCACCGGAUAAAUCACUAUCCGGAGGAUAAGUGUUAGGGAAACCAAUUAGGUUAUGAAGUGAAUAGCGUUAUCCGCCUUUUGAACAACAGGAGCCUCUUGUCUUUGAAUCUUGCAAGGAUAGCCGGUUGUAGUGACUGUAUCCAGUUUUAACUUUCUCAAUCUUCACAUUCCACUCAGCAUAUAUUCACACUUUUCUCGACAUUUAGCUAUUUCAGGAAGCGUAUUCGGAUUUUAAGACCUCAAGCCUGUGAAACAAUACUGCCAGGUCAUGUAGUUAGCUGUCUUUUCUUCAUAAUUCGGUCAUAACUUUCCGGUUGUCAGUGCCAUAGAUUGUUAUAAAACCCUCACAAAUAUUUACCUUUGUGAUUUUAUAACAUAGCCGAGUUUGGUACUUUUUUAAUGAAAUUACUCGUAUUGUUAUGGGGUCUCGUCGCGUAGGCUUUCUGAUUGGCUGUAUAUGUUGUGGUUGUUAGAAUAUCAAUUGUAUUAUUAAGCUGACGUUGGAAAUUUUUUUUCUAUUCGUAUCAGAUGAUGACUGACUCUUCUGCACAAGAAGAUCAACAGUGUAAUGCAGCAAAAUUAUUGGAAGUGACCAUACUUCAGUGCCGUGGACAAAUUGAUCAUGUAUGACAAUGGUUACUUUCUAAGUUUGAAACCUGUGUUGUUCAUUUCAAGUCAUUAUUUUCGAGAAUAACAAGCAAAAGUCAUGACGAAAUACAGCUUUGUUUUUUCUCCUCCCCUCGUCUAACGCUUCUCGCGAAAUGCCCCGUUCACCAAUAUUAUUUAUUAAAGGACAUUAUUCUCGAAAAUAACAAGCCAAAGUCUUGUCGAAAUACAGCGUAAUAAUUUUCCCUUCCCUCGUUUAGCGCUUCUCGCGAGAUGCCCUGUUCGCCUCGCUUGGUUCGUAAGGCGCGGCCUGUUAUUCAGGCUACACUAAACCAGUUCAAUAAUCUAAUACAGUCAACUCUUGUCUUGUGGACACCUCCUUAUUACGGACAGACCAAUAAUAUGGGCAGGAGCUCAAUAACCCCAGCAAAACGAAUUACAGGUCAAUUUUUUUCAAGUCUCAAUCCUUGUCCAUUCUUGCCAUCCUGUAGCAACAGACAACCGGAAACAGUUUCAAUGCCUAAAUAUAGUUUUAAAUAACAAAACUGGACCAUUGUUUGUGGUAUUCAGUUGAGGUAAAGACACGUUUUAGCUGCUUUAGCUUGACAUAGCCCGUUUAAAGACUCUGUAUUAAGGACACUAAUCCGCGGUCCUAAGGGUGAUUGCAAUACCGGAAGUUGACUGUAAGAGAGCUAGUCACUUCCGAGCGUGCUCUCUUUCAUUUACACGUCGUUCUGCACGCAUUACUUUACACUUAGCCUGUCAAAUUUCUCCAUGCUUGCACAUUUGCCUUUGUCUUCUCAACUAAUCAAAUUGAAACAUUUUGGAGCCCUUUACCUUCCCCUCUGCAAAAUAAUCCAAUUUCUUCCCUCCACAUAAGUGUAUCUCCACCCCAAAAUCAAUCAAGCUACUCUCUUCCACCGCUUUUAGCUCUACUCAAUAAACAAAUUAAAUUACCCUCUUCAACGCGUGUUUGGUUUUACUCACAAACCAAUCAAAUUGUUCCAUUCAUUGGACCAAUCAAAUAAGGAAUUUAGGAAGACUGUGUCGUGUACAGUGCUGUUGCCUAUUUGAUUUGCUUGUUGUUUUCUUUCAGUGGCUUCCAUUCUUUGUGGAAGCAGCUCUGGAAAGGUUAACAAGAGAGGUGAAGGAGAGUGAACUGCGAACUAUGUGCUUGCAAGUGGUAAGGCAAUACCCACGAUAAUUAAAUACCACUAUUUUUCAUGAUCCUUAAGGAGGCCAUUAAAUUGGUUAUGUUUAGCGUUCGCCACUUUAGAAACGAGAUGGAACCUUGUCCAUACUAACUUUCGGAAUCCGGAAAUGUUUGCUUGUGGAAUCCGGAAAACAGCUCAAGGAAUCCGCAGUCUCUCUAAUAAUUGGAAUCCGGAAUCGAAGUUCUGUUGACACUGCAUUUAGUAUCCAGUACCCGGAAUACGGAAUCUAGAAUCCAAGACUGUGUUUCCUUGGGAGUCGCAGCGAAAGCUACCAGUGUGAACUGAUAUUAGGGACUUCUAAGCAGGCUCCUCGGAAGAUUUAUAUUUGGGAAAAACUGACAAUCGACCACCUCACACUUAAUAGUAGGGAAAAGAAAUUUGACUAUCCUAGAGUGUGGGAGACUUUAGUCUCCUGAUCUAGUAGGACAGUAUUGUGUACAAAUUUGCAAUCGAAACACGUUUGGACCUCUGGGCUGUUACUAAGGACAGGGGAAAAACUGGCCAAUAGCUGACGUCCGCAGUAACGAUCCCAGAAGUUUUUGCGAACGUUAACUCGACCCAGUUUCCAUCUCGUUUGUAAAGUGACGAAUGGCUAAAGCAGAACUGCAAAUAACUGUUAGUCAUAGGUCAGCGUCCCGACAAAAUCUUAACUGUGGUCGGACAUGAUGUCCGGUCAGAGUUAAUACCCAAGGCUAUCGUUUUGCAGGUGAAUAAAAUUUUCCAUGAGCGGUAUAUGUGAAUUGUCUCACCCACGAAAUAACAUUACUGCGGCGGAUGUUUGGCAGAAACGAUUUUAUCUGCGAUUUCUAUAUGUGAAUUGUCGUACCUUCGAAUUAUCUUUAUAUAACAGUUAUCAGCUUACCUUUGUUUAGGCGUCUUUGAUUAGGUCCGACCACAUUGUUGUUUUGUCGGACCAAAAUGGUGACUUGGUCGCACAUUGUCCUUUCAAGAAAAAAAAAAGGCUAUUUGCAGCUUUGAUAAAGAGGAAAAUUCUUGGAGGGUGUGGAAAAACUUGUUAGCUAUUUUUACUAAAGUGGCUGUUAAAGACAUCAAUAAGCUCAGCCUGUGAAAUGUUAUGCAGCUGAGAUGACUAUACAGUAUUAAGUUGGCUUAUGAAGACGUCAACUGGUUAUGUAACUGUUUAUGUGGCUAUUUUAGCACUAAGAUGAUUUAUAAGGCGGUAGUAAGCGCCGAAUGUGGUUAGACAUGGGUGGGCCAUUUAAUCUCUAAUGUGGUUAUUGAAGAGCUAAUUUGUCUAGGUUAGAGCCAAGGUGGGUUACUAAUAGUCUCUAUACAUGAUUACGACAAACACACAAAUUUGAACACCAAGCCUCGAUUGUGAACUAAAUUCGUUAUAUUUGCACUCUUAGUGCAUGGGUAUUCUUUUCAACUGCCUUGGGAAUAAUUUAUUUAUAGUAGACUUUACAAUUUCAAAACGAGGGUUGGUGGUGAAAUGUGCUCGUCAACGUGUGACGUAAACAUGCGUAAGGACUAUUGGCUGUUUUGGAGUUGCGUGUGAGACGAGGUCCAUGUUGUGUCGAAUUGCACCAUGGGAAUGUUUUAAGGGACUAAUUUUUGACCCCGUCUCCCGCGAGACCUUACAACAGCCAAUACAAGAAGAGCUAACGCCCCCAAGAUAGUCCCAUUGACCAGUUGGACAUGACACCGAACAAGUCUAACGCGCAACCAACACUGUAGGAUACAUUCUCACACUUCUGAUUAUUGACUGUUAUACAUUAAAGUUACGAUAAAACGGGCAACAAAAACGUGCAAUCUGUUUUGCAACAUUCCUGCAGAACGUAUUGAAAAGCGAUGUUGCGCGUUUUACUACCCGUGUUCAAACCUGUCUUGCAGCAAAUAAAGUUGCGUGAAUACUGACUUCUGAUUGAAUAAAAAUUACGCGGGAGUCACGCCAUACGCGGGAUUUACGUCACUUGUUGCAAAAUAGGUUUGUCUUGGGCCAGUAAAACGCGCAACAUGAACAGAUUCUGUUGCAAGAAGUAUAACUACUCGCUACUUUCUGCAUAACUAUACAGCCUGUUUUGUUGCAAGACAGGUUUGAUUCGUUGGUGGUAAAGCGUGCAACAUCGCUAUUCAACUUGUUUAGUAGCAAUGCUGCAAACAAAUUGCACGUUUUUGCUGCCCGUUUUAUCGUAACUUAAUACAUAAAGUUUAUUUUUUUGUUACAGGGUGUAGCAGGCUUAGUAUACAACGCACCACUCUUGUUGGGCAUUCUGGAGAAGUUACAUUUUCCAAACACACAAGAAACAGUUACAGCCCAGUUCUUUUCUCAGUGGAUUAACGACUAUGACUGCUUUUUUGGGUAAGUUUAGAGUACAGUUGAACCCACCGUACCACCCUUUUCAUUAGGCUAUUUAAAUAUGCCAUUUCCGAGUUCCAAAAGCUCUUACUUUCAAAACGAGGCUAAGUACAAAACCUUUCUUUUGAAAACGAGAUUUUUUUUCCCCGAGAAUAAAACAUCAUUCUCUUAUCAAUGGCUUUACACUUAGCCGAGACUGCAAAACAGUCCGUAUGUUUGCGUAUUCAAGUGCGCGCGAACAGCUGAACAAAAGGUCUUGAGCGAACCUCAAAAAGAGACGCUCGCCCGUAGGGCGUGUGAGGCUCGCGCGCCUCGCGCGUGUGAAACCCCUACGCAACCGAUUGAGGAAAAACCGUCCGUUUUGCAGUCCACACUUAGCCUCGCUGAGGCAACUCGAAAAUGGUCUAUUUUGGUGAUUAUAAGGUGAAGAAUUCAAACUGACAAACAGUAAAGCUUUUCUUGAAAGUCGUUCAAAGUGCUUAAAUGAGCGUUAAAGCGACGAGGGUGGUAUUCACCAGGCUCCAGUUGUUCAAAAGGUGGAUAGCGCUAUCCACUGGAUAAAUCUCUAUCCAGUGGAAAUUGCAGCUGGUUUCCCUAAUAGUUAUCCACUGCAAGUCGACCAGAAGUGGACGUGUUUAAAAAUUCCACCGUGAUUUAUCCAGUGGAUAGGGCUGUCCAGCUUUUGAACAACUGGGGCCAGAUCUGUAGUCAGAAUUGAGCCAUUACUUUUCAUCACAUUACUGAGAAUUUUGCUAUCAUCAUGUCAAACUAUGCCAUUAAUAAUUUAAUUUGCAUAGGGCCUCUCAGAGAGCUGGCUUGCACGCUACAAUUUACACUGGCCAACAGUGGUCUUAUUAACUGAGUUUACAAUGCCCUUUUUUAGCUUGCUUGCAGACUUCUCGAAACAAAGAAAAUAGUAGCCUUUUAGCGAGCGCUCGAAAGGUGGGAGGCGGGGUGGAGAGAAAACACUUUAAAUGUACUUUCUGACUUCCUCAAGUGGGUAAUAGGGUUUUAAAGCAAAGACGUCUUUGAGCAAUAAGUGGACUUGUUUAAAAAUUCCGCCGUGAUUUCGCCCACAUUUUAGGGCAGGUGGCCUUUGUAAGAGCAAAGACACUAACUAUUACGAAAUUGGCAGUGUCAAGAUAAUAUUUAAGGGGAAACAACUCACUUCCGUUUGACCUGCACCCCUCAAAAACCUCGAGGUGAUGAAUAGGUUUUGCUAUUUAUUAUUAUUAUUAUUAUUAUUAUUAUUAUAACCAUAACAAAAUUCUCAAAUCUGAUUGGCUAUCAACUGUCCUGAUUUCAGCACUAAGUGAUUGGUGCUGAAAGUAAGCCUAAGUAAUUGGACAUCACGCGCGCGCUUAAAUAGCUUAUUAUUGUUGUUGUUGUUGUUAUUACUAUUAUUGUUAUUUUAUUUAUUUAUUUUUUUUUUUUGCAGCAUUCACGAUCGUAAAAUGUUUGUGUUGGGUUUCUGUGCACUAAUGGAUCUUCCUAAAGAGAUUAGACCACACUCUUUAUUGCAGUGCUCAGGCCAGAUACUGCCAGCCUUGUUAGUGUUAUUCGCAGGUCUAAAGCGGGCGUAUGAAAGUAAGUGUAGUUUACUUCUCGAUGAGCAAAUAUCUGAUAACAAAGACCUCUAUUGUGUUCACCCUAUAUAAUUAAAUUGCACAUUCUUAAACUUUCUAAUUAAAGAGAAUUAAAAUGCAAUAACAGCUGAGUCUGUUUCCACGUAAUCUUGUUCAAACGAUGGAAGAUGGAGACGGUCAUGUGGAAACAUCUCUACGGCGACGCGGGAUGAUUCUUUUGAUUGGGUGAUCGCAAUCGUCAGGAUAGGAAAAAAGUCCAUAAGUAGACUGGUUCCCAUAUAAUCGUCCCAUUCCUCCCCAAAAAUCGAGGCGAUCGACGCAAUUCAAACGAUUAAUAAAACCAGGCUUCAGAAGGGGACGCUUUCUCUAUCAGGUCAGACCGAGUCGACCCACCACCAUUUCCAAGCCCGUUUUCAACCAGUUGGCCUUUCAUUUUCCAAGUCCCACGCCAUCCUAAUGCCGGCGAGUCAGGUCGUUUAUUUAAUCUUUUUAGAUUAAAGGACUAGAUAAUUCGUCUCCUGAUUGCAAAAUGAUUAAACUUCUAAUAUUUGUUAACUUGUUAUCGUCACUACGAUAUUUUCGCUAAAACCCGUCGGAGUAGAAUGACGCUGGUUCACGAGCGCGCACUACUUUGUAUUGAGAAAAUCUGGUUUUCGUAGUCGUCCUCGUCUUAAAAUCUCAGGGUCGGUUAUUCAAACAAAGUCUAACUCAUGCCGCGGUUUAAGAAAUCAUUGGACCUCCUGAUCUCUUUCUUAGAGGGUUAAUUUAAGAAAAUAACUCCUUUUCCAGUCUUCGCUAUAUGCUUUAUUGAAAUUCUUCACGAUAAAUGGUGUUCAGAUAAAAGCGUUGGGCAAACUGAAAAUGGUUUAGAAGGCGGUUUUGUUAAACACGGGCUAAGCUCCGUUUUUAUAACUGGCUUCAAAGGUCUCGUCUUAGACGAUUGGACCAUCCUUAGAUCGACGCAUUUGAGAACCUUCUAAAACGAGGGCUGCCUCUGUCUUUUUUCAGGCCAAGCUAAUGAUGACGAAGAAGAGGAUGAUGACGAAGGAGAAAGUGACGAAGGUGAGUUUUAUUACCCUUAUGACUGACACGCCAUGAAACGGAACACAACCUCGAAGAGAAAAGGUUUUAGCAUCUGAAGUACGUACCACCCAACGUCGUGUAAAGGAGGCCAGCGCCUAAAUAAAACGCUCCUUUCCUAAAUCGGGACGAGAGGACUGAUUGCCACGUCUUUUCUUUCCUCUUAGAUGAGCUGGCGAGCGAUGAGGACGAAAUCAAUGAGGACGACGUGCAGUACAUUGAAGGUCUUGCUCAGAAGGUACUCAUUAGAAUAUUCUCGGAUUAUGAGUACUAUAACCUUUAAAGCCCAAUAUCCACAUAUAAAGUCUCUAUACUGUUCUUCAUACAUUUCCUUAAAAAUUAGUUGAGAGGGCUUGAUAACAGAUCAAAGUAUUUUCUCUUUAGUGAUCAUUUUAUUAAACUCUCAUAACCAUUCUCUUGGCAACAUAUGGACAUUGUUAGGAGAAAAUUGAUGUUGAUCACUAUUGGGACUUUGGCUAUGAACUCUCUAUAGAAUCGAGCGUAGGAACUAGCCUUUUCCAGGCUCCAACAUAGUAAUGUGCUGAGAUCGUGAAAACAGAGGCGAAAGCACGUACGGGUGCUGUGUAAAUAUAUCUGGAAAUUAGAUGCUAUUGUAAUUUGAGGUAGGGCCACAUGUUUGUCAGUAUUCUACUGUAAAGUGGUGCCUCUUUAAAUAAAGUUAAUAUUAUUGUAGCCAACAAGUCUAUAAAAUAACAAACUGAUAGAUCUCCAUUUGUUACAGGCUGCUGAUCACUUGGAUGAUGAAGAGGAUAUUGAAGACGAGGAAACAGCAUUGGCAAACUUCACAACAUCAAUAGACAAUGACGAAACUGAUGAAUACAUCGCCUUUAGGACUUCACUUCAAGGUAUGACUGUUUGUAACGCCUUUUCCGUGUUCGUGUUCCAUAAAAGCUUCCUUUCCAUAAAGCCCUCAUGCCUUUGCUACUCGUUUCUGACAACCUCCUUCCCCCAUUAGAAUGGCGAUGUAAAGGGUUCUUUCGUACUCCUGUAAAAGCUUCAGUCUCUUACUCUUUAGGGUUCUGUUAAAUUUACGUCCCUCCUCCCUUCCCCCACCCCAUUCCCACCACCACCACCCCUUUGGGCUCUUUUAAAACAACUCUCGGCUUUAGGGAAUCAAUGCUUAACUGACCUCGGCAUUUCGACUCCAGUUUGUAGGGUUGAUUAUUUCAGUGUUGUUUUUGAAAGGUUUCCUCCUGAAGCUCUCCAAUAAACACCUUUCUUCGCUACCAGUCACCUGUUGUUAAAAUUAACCCUCUAAGCCCCAGUAUCCACAUAGAAAUUCUUCAGACUGAUCUCCCAAUAAGUUGAAAGAAUUUGACAAAAUAUCGUAGCAUGUUCCCAGAGGUUAUUUAUUCUCACAACCUAUUCUCUUGAUGAUACUUUGAUAUUCCUAGGAGAAAAUUGAUGUUGGUCACUAUUCGGACUUAAAGGAUUAAACAAGCCCCGGGGGAGUACUCCUGGGAAUUCUUGGUGGGUUUUGCCGCCCGGUUCUCCCAAUCCUGACCCUGUUUCAGUCCAAAAAAUGACAUUUUCACACCCGUUUUCAGACCUGGGCCCAAUUGUUCCAAAGGUGGAUAACGCUAUUCACUGGAUAAAUCUCUAUCCCGUGGAUAGGGCAAUGGGUUUCCUUAACAUUUAUCCGCUGGAUAGUAAUUUAUCCGCUGGAUAGUAAUUUAACCGGUGGAUAGUAAUUUAACCGGUGGAUAGUAAUUUAUCCACUGGAUAGUGAUUUAUCCGGUGGAUAGUAAUUUAUCCGCUGGAUAGUAAUUUAUCCGCUGGAUAGUAAUUUAUCCGCUGGAUAGUAAUUUAUCCGGUGGAUAGUAAUUUAUCCGGUGGAUAGUAAUUUAUCCGCUGGAUAGUAAUUUAUCCGGUGGAUAGUAAUUUAUCCGCUGGAUAGUAAUUUAUCCGCUGGAUAGUAAUUUAUCCGCUGGAUAGUAAUUUAUCCGCUGGAUAGUAAUUUAUCCGCUGGAUAGUAAUUUAUCCGCUGGAUAGUAAUUUAUCCGCUGGAUAGUAAUUUAACCGGUGGAUAGUAAUUUAUCCACUGGAUAGUGAUUUAUCCGGUGGAUAGCGCUAUCCAGCGUUUGAACAACCCGAGCCAGAUCUCUGAAAUCCAUACCCGUUUUCAGACCUGGCCUUUAGGCAGAAAUUGUGUCAUGAUUACUUAUAUUAGAGCGCAAACAAAAAAUUUCUUCAAAUGAUUUUCGAAUUCGCAUAUUUCUAUUUCGUUCUUAUUUUUUGGAAUUGAAACGAUAAAUACGUUCAUGCACUCCCGUAGUUCCGUCGAAAACCACACCCGAUUCCAGACGAAAAUUAGCAAAGUCUAUACCCGUUUUCAUACCAAAAAGGCCCAAAACCCAUACCUUUUGGAGCGGAACAUACCUAUAUGGCUUAUAUAGGGGAGUACUGUGGAAAAGCUUUACAAAGCAUUUACGUUAAAGGGACAGGUUCACCGUCAAGCGCAUGCUCAUUAAUUAAAUUACUAUUUCCCAAUUUAUUGUUAAUUCUAUUGGUUAAUAAUCCCACUCACAUGUAUCUCAGCUAUCUCAGAGAGUAUUUCAAAGGAGGAGUGUAUUUCAGAGUAACCUGAAGUAGGAUGGGGGAGUACUAAAAUCGCAGAAAAAAUUAGUGGAUUAUGCCAACAAUACCAACGUUGAAUUUAUUGUUGACCUGAAGGUUUUAUUCCAUUGUUGAUUAAUUUACAGCUAUUUGCAAAUAUUUAAGUUGAUCAAGUGCAAGUGACUGCCAGGGGAGUGUGCAGAUUGGUUCUUUGACAACAUUAUGACAUGAUCAUAUCGCUUGCAUGGACGAUACAGCAUGUCCCGGCAGAAAAACAGCAUUUUGAUAAAUGAGCAUGCGCUGAACCGUGAACGUGUCCCUUUACAUCAAUGAAGAGGUUAUCACCGUGACUCACAUUUUAGUUUUAAAUGUAUUUUUGUGUUGUUUUUAGCACUUCAGGGUAGUGACCCGAACUGGUACACAGCCCUGAUCAAUGUGCUGGACGGUGAGCAGACAAGGGCAUUACAGGAUGUAUUUGUACAGGCUGAACAGCGAAAAAACGCUUUAGGUGAGUCACGAGGACUAUUCCAACAGAUCCUUUCUUUCACCUGCUCGAUUUUGACUGACUCGAGAAAGACUCUGUAUGAAUCAAGUUAAAUCUUUGCUGAGCAUGCGCUACAUGUUGAUAUGAUACAGUUUCGAACCCAGGCCUAAUUGAUACAGCGGCCUCUUUUGUAACCAUCGGUUUAUCGAUGAAUGAAUGCUCACACUCGAAAAACCAGUUUGACGAGAGGAAACAAGAUUGAGUAGUCGAGAAGUUCUGGCUACGGCCACCGCAAAGGCUUAACGCGAUUCAGGCAGAGUCUCCUUUUUUCACCUGACUGAUUCUGGAAGCAGUAGUAAAAUGACGUCACGUGCAAAUGGCCCAUUAGGGAAACUAAUUAGAAUAUCAACCUCGUUCCCAGGGUUCUCUCUAUUUCUUCGAGAAAGAACCCUGAUUGCAGCUGGUCACGUGAACCCCCAAAAUCUGGGGGCUAACAAGAAUUUACCUCAAGGGAGGGGUAGUAAAAUUAUAAAAUUGUCGCUGUUGUCAGAAAGACACAAAAUACGCUGUUGAGCUUGUAAACUAGAGAGGCAUUACUUUGAAGUAUAUCGGUCACAAGAACAAGUUUGUGGCCAAGGUUUUUCCUAUUAUACACGUGCUUUUGCCCUGAAAAUGGUUCAAGUCGUUGUUGACUCGCAGAAAGUAAGGUUUACGUUGAAAACUUUCGAUUCUUUUUCGUAGUGGCAUAAAACGAGCCCGUUUACCGAUCGACUCAGAACGGCAAACUUAGACCGAAUACAUCAGUAAUGAUUACUGCCUCAAGUUUUAGCUCAUAUCCAGAUAAUACAUUAGCCCUACCCUGAUGAGGAGUUCAUUGUUACAGGUAGUCACAUGACCAGUCGCAACCAGGGUUCUUUCUCGAGGAAGAGAAAGAACCCUGGGAACGAGGUUGUUAGAAUAUCCUCUCAAUAUAGAUUUAUCCAGCGCAUAGACUCUGGACGAAAGUGACAUCGUGGAGCAAAUUUUCUUGUCUGAGGAAACAACUCGUCAGUUUAAGCUCGGACCUACGGAUCAAGAAUGCGCGAAAAACGAGCUCACUGUGUUCUUUAUAAAUCCCCUGAGGAUUCGUGCACAGUCGUGCUGUUCACGUUGGUCGCAUGCAUUAUUUAACAAUUAAUGAAUGAGGCUGAGUAUCUUAUGAAGAAUUAUGGAGACAUUAUAUCGUUACGAGAUCUCCAUAAUUCUUCAUAUGAUACGAAAGCCGAAUUCAAUAAUUGUUUUAUUAUUCAUUCAAAGUAAUUUCUAGUUUAAAAACAUGGCUAAAACAUGCUUACCUCCAUCGAUCCAUCGAUGUUAAGUUCAUCUUCGAUAGUGCACGUUUAGGGUUGUCCAGCUCCGCAAAUAUUCUCCAAAUAGCAGAUAUCGCCCUUCGAGUUGUCUUCUUGCUGUUCUUGCCAUGUUUUUAGCUAUUUUUCGCCUAUUUCUUACUCUUGAAACGAGUGAAAUGUCCGCCAUUUUUCAAGUUCACAACAAAAACAACUGAACCUCGUCCCCAGGUCUUCUCGGUUAGCGGUGCCUUAACCUGCGAAAACGCUGCAUUUUUGACGUCAUUUCCUCGUUAAACACAAAACUCUUCCAAAUUUUGUCAUCAGUCACUGGUUAUGGUGAAUUAAACGUAUGCUUUUAGCCAAUCACAAUCGGGGAAAUAUUUUGAAUGAAUAGUAAAACUCGUUAAAGUAUGCGCUUGAGGGUAAUGCGCCUUCUUUAUGCAGUUAUAGUGAACUUCUUUCGAGCAAUCAUAACGCGGUCGUAGUAAAGAAUGAUUCCAGUGUAGACCUUGCACCUGUUUUGGUUCUUUUUUUCUCAGAAGGCAAAAGACAUCGCGAAGACAACUAAUUUCUUUUUAAGGCCUCUGUACUACACACUUCUUAUAUCGUGCUAUUGUUCUGCUCGUAUUCACCAGAGUCCAAGAGGAUCGAGCAACAAGGAGGCUAUAUGUUCACAAACAUGGCUGUGCCACAAACAUUCAACUUUGGACAGUAAGAGAAGCAACUUCAGAUAACACCUUGGCUUACUCAGAUGCCGGCAAGUUGAACUUGAUCACUACUUGUUUGACCUAUUUGAAGAUUGUUGAAUAACUUGCACAUGAUUUUGCGUGACAUGGACCCGCGUUACUCGCUUGCGCCUUGCUUUGCCUCGUGUGACAAGCCAGGGUUUGCUUACCUUGGGAACUAAUAAACACAGCAAUUCCUUUCGACUCAGAGGAGAAAUGACCUGGGAUCAAUUUUAAUAAAACUUUUACAAGUGUAGCUAUUGUUUUCAGACUCUAGAACAAUGGCUACACUUGUAAAUUGCACUUGUAAAAGUUUAUGAAAUUGACCCCUGCUUUGUGUCAGCGUGGCGUGGUUGGUUUAACAAUAUUAUUUUCUGAAUUCCGACAAGGAACUGGAGCCGAAAUGCGUCCGGUAGUUGUGGGAUCGUCACCGGGGACGUGCCGGUCGGCUAUUAGGGAAAGCUCAGUUAAGCAACAACGACGGCGACGGCGACGGCGACGGCUACGAAAACGUCACUUAGAAGUGAAUUUGCGCUGCCUCAAAUUUUAUCGCGCUUAUUCCAUCUCGUCAAAUGUUGGCAAUUUUUUUUUGGAGGUAAGUUCUAGAGGACUGUAUCGAAGUUCAGGAAAAGAAAAGGAAAGUUGUUUUCUGGUGUUCCCGUCCUCGACAAAUCGUGAAAUUAGGCAUGUUCACGUCGUAGUCGUGCAGAGACGGCAAAGAAAUGUACAAAAAAGCGUGAUGCACGUGCAGAGUUGUUUUGCCAAUCCAAACCUAUUGCUUUUUUGCCGUUCUCAUUGACGUCGCCGUCGUCGUUGCUUAAGCUCUCUAUUGGCCAGUCUUUUAGACGUUAGUAACAGUCCCAGAUAUCUUUGCGAAAGUUAAUUUGGCCUAGUCUCCUUCUCUUUUCUAAAGAGGCGAAUUGUGAUUGAUCUUGAUGCCAUGGUCGCAAUUUCCAUUGAUUUACCAGACCAGAGGUACAAACGUGAUUUGUUUGUAAAUUUGUACACAAUACUCUCCUACUAUAUCAAGAGACUAUAGUCUCGCACACUCUAGGAUAGUGAAAUUUCUUGUCCCUGCUAUCAAGUAUGAGGUGGUCGAUUGUCAGUUUUUCACAAAUGUAAAUCUGGUAACAGUUUUCAAUUGCCUAUAUAAAGAGCAUUCUUUGCCACUUAAGAUUUCGUGAAUCUGGCAUAUGUCGACCCGAGGAGCCUGCUUAGAAGUCCCUAAAAUCAGUUCACACUGGUAGCUUUCGCUGCGACUCGCAAGGAAAUCCAUGACAGUCCCACGCCGUGGAUUCCGGAUUCAAGGUACUGGAUACGAGUUUAAUGUCAACGGAUCUUGGAUUUCGGAUUCUAAUCGUAAGUGAGAUUGCGGAUUCCUUGAGCUGUAUUCCGUAUUCCAAAGCCCAGGAUUCCGGAUUCCACAAGCUAAAAUUUCCUUAUUCAGGAUUCUCCAAGCUAACCUUUCCCAGAUUCUGGAAUCCGUAUUACCUCACAUAGGGCGACAAGGUGAUUUUUACUGAUUUUUCUGAC